CUGCAUCCCAUACCUGUCUCGCCCGUUCUUUGCAACUGCUUCAUCUUCGUCUUCUUGCCUGCUGCUCGCUUCCUAGCCUUGAACUCGCUUCGCUCCCAGCUCUCGCUCUCGCAACCUCGCCUGGAAAGAAUCCGCCAUGCCGUCGUCCAAGGGCAAGCCGACGGACCCGAAGCUGCGCGAGGAGGCCAAGGAGGAGGUGAAGCAGAUGGAGAAGGGCGGCGGCAAGGGCAACUGGUCGGCGUACAAGGCGGCCGAGAUGGCCAAGGUGUACGAGGCAAAGGGCGGCGGCUACGAGGACAGCGGCGACAACCCGAACGAGGCGAGCAAGGGCGCGCCCAAGCCCAAGGAGUCUGCCGUGAAGAGCGGCGAGCGCAAGGACCCCGCUGCGCCCGUCGGCAGCAAGAAGGCGCCGGCGUCGAAGGGCAAGAAGAGCGACGCGGCCGAGGAGGGCAAGGGCGAGGGCAAGGAGAAGGAGGCCGCGCCCGCUGCGGAGCCCAAGGAGAAGGAGACGAAGGAGAAGAAGGCGCCGGCCAAGGAGAAGGCGCCGGAGAAGGAGAAGAAGGAGAAGAGCUCGGCGUCGAAGGAGAAGAGCGCGGGCGCAAAGGCGGGCAAGGCAAAGACGGCCAAGCCGGUCAAGGAGGCGGCAAAGGGCGAGCGCACGCAGCCGCGCCGCGCGGCCAAGAAGGCCGAGUAGAGGAGGUGCUCCCGGACGUAGCGGUAGCGCUCGCUUUGCGCAUGCUGCGUCCGAGCAGCUGCCUCUCUUCCACCUUCCUAUCUUCGAGCACCUGCUUUCGCACCUCGCGAUCCCACGGCGCGCCGCCUUGCCUCUUUCUACGUCUCUCUUUUGCGUCACACGCCUGCCCGCGUCUGGUUCCUCUUAUUACCCCGCUACGAAUUGCACGCAUGCCU